UCAGGAGAAAGUAGAACAAUCAUCUCUUGUACUAUACAAAGUUGAUAGUAUAAUGUCUACAUACGACUACAUCAUCUGCGGUGGAGGCACAGUCGGCUGUGUCCUGGCAUCGCGCCUCUCCCAAGCCGGUCACAGCGUUCUCCUCGCCGAAGCUGGCCCCGAAGACUACAAUGAACUGGUUAUGAACCCGCUUGGAUCUGCGCUCCUGCAUGAUACAGACUUCGAGUAUAAGUUCACAGCCACCGACCAACCACACUUGGGAAAUAGGCCAGUCAUAAACCAUGGGGGAAAGCUGCUCUCGGGUUCAACGGCUGUGAACUAUGGGAUGUGGACGCGAGGACAUUCACGCGAUUAUGAUGCAUGGGCUGAGCAUGUGGGCGAUGAACGCUGGAACUAUCAGAACAUGCUUCCGUAUCUCAAAGCAACAGAGACGCAUCAUACUCACACAGCCAGCUCAGAUAUCCAUGGUUUCGCAGGCCCUAUCUCGACCACCAUGGGGAAACGUGACUAUCCCUUGAGAGAGCCACUGCGCAAUUCCUUGACAGAAGCAGGACUCAUAUUCAACAGCGAUGCUAACAAUGGCCAUCCUUUCGGAUUCAGUUUCAUGACAGAGACCUGGAAGAAUGCACAGCGUCAGCCGGCAGGAAAAGCAUACGACCUGUCGAAAGCUACCAUCCAUACGAAUAGUGUCGUCUCUCGGAUUCUCAUCGAGUCAAACAAAGCAACUGGCAUUACGCUGGUCGACGGAACUGAAUACAGAGCCAGCAAGGAAGUUAUCGUCAGCUGCGGUGCAUUGAAAACACCCCAGCUGCUGAUGCUGUCUGGCAUCGGUCCAAAGGAGCAUCUUGAGGAGCACAAUAUCCACACCAUCGCUGAUCUCCCAGUCGGCUAUAACUAUCACGACCAUGUUGCGGGAUCAAUCUUUUGGAAACUGAAAAACUCAGACCAAGGCCUAGCACUAGGAUCGCCACAGUUUAGCAAUCCCCAAUAUCUACAUGGAAACACCACCGAUUGGGUGGUGACUACCUCCACGCCUCGUGAUGGACUCAUUGCCGCUGCUAAAGCUGACAAGAUCGAUCCUCAGGAUCCGUACAUCAGAGAAGAGCGCGCCAACGGUGAAAUAAUCAUCUACUACGCUCCCAUCGCUGGAGGAGGAACGCAAUUCAGCCUUCCACUUGAUGGACAGCACAUCGCUACACUCGCUGUGCUGCUUCUUCCCACAAGUCGGGGAAGAGUGAGUCUUGCAAAUACAGAUCCUAUGUCAAAUCCAGUGGUUGAUCCAAACUAUCUCGCGACGGCUACGGAUCGUGCUGCGCUUCGCUCUACAAUUCGUCUCGCAUUCAAAAUCAUGGAGACAGACGCUGCGAAAGAAGCUAUUGCAGGCGAAACCCCACCCCCUGGACACAACGCGUUGACUAGCUCUUGCACUGAUGAAGAUCUCGACGAGCGAAUCGACAUCAUAGGAAGUAGCCUGUAUCAGAACGCCGGAACUGCAGCGAUGGGAACGGUUGUUGAUAGCCAGUGUCGGGUCUUGGGUGUUAGGGGCCUGCGUGUUUGUGAUGCCAGUGUGCUACCACUUCCCAUUGCAGGGCAUUAUCAAGCACCGAUGUAUGCGAUGGGAGAGGCUGUUGCUGAUAUUAUUUUGAAUUCUUAAGGAUCUCAUGGGUCUCGUGUUUUCACGGUUGGACGGAGGCUUGAUAGUAGAAAGUUAUAUAAAUUCAGAUUGUAUACCUUUCAAUCCGCUGCCCAAUUUAAGAGUCUCAGUGACCUUCCUCUUGAAGAAUGCAGCAGCGUUGCCGUUCCACAAGUAGACAUACUCCAUAUGCGCCGUAAUAUCAUCACUCGAGGCACAGACGGGGUCAUUGGGGUUGCAGUAGUCGGCGAUCAAGUCUGAGUAGUGCUCAUUCAGAAAUGCACGCUGCUUUUGGC